AUGCCAACUAAUCGUCGAAAGAAAUCAAGCUCAAAGUUCGUUGAUGUUAAUGAAGAAUCCCCUAUUACCAAGCAAGUGCCUUUUGAUGUCCUUAAGUGUCAUGGUUCAGACUCGAAUAGGGUUGAUUAUCAUGGUAGUGACUCUAGCCUUAAUUCGAUGUCAGAUGAUGUAAAAAAUCUUAGUUUAAAGGAGAAGCAAAGGCUUGAAUUAUCAGGAAGAAGCGUUUUGCCUAUAGCGCCUGUUGUUGGUCUAGAACUACCAAAGGUUGAAUUGAGUUAUUUUGAUGGAGAGCCAAGAGGAUACUGGAAGUUUAUAAGACAAUUUGAGACGUAUAUAGCAUCAAGAGUCACCGAUGAUAGCCAACGUUUGCUCUAUCUCAUGCACUAUUGUAAGGGCAAGGCGAAGACAGCUAUUGAGGGUUGUGUCAUGAUGGAAGCAUCCUCUGGUUAUAAGAGAGCAAGGGAAAUUCUAAAGCGUUUGUUCGGACAGUCUCAUGUAAUCGCUCGAGAAACAUUAGAAGAUUUAUUUAAUGCUGUUAAUUUUGAUUAUACUGACGGGGAGCAACUAUCAAACUUGGCCAUUAAAAUGGAAAACUGCGCUAUGGUCUUAGAACAGAUGAAUUAUACCUCUGAUCUAAAUUCGUUAGUUACUUUGGAAAGAAUAGUAAGACUAUUACCUCAAGUUAUGCAAGCCCAGUGGGCGGAUCGGGUGGAUCAAUUGACGGAAGAUAAUAGAGAACCGACUUUUGACGAGCUUACCCAAUUUAUAGCGUCCCGCGCAAGAGUAGCUAAUAGUAGGUUUGGACGGUUAGCGAAUCGUCCGAGAAAGGGACACAACUUAAAGACAAAUUGUCACUUGCAAUUAGAGCAGGAGAGUAACUCGAGAGCUAAAUGCAGGGUGUGUUCCCAGGACCACGCUAUUUAUAAAUGUCCAAAAUUUUUAGCGCUUACCGUUCAAGAGAGAUGGUCUCAAGCAAAAGUUAAUGGCAUCUGUUUUGUCUGCCUUAGGCAAGGGCAUAAAGAUAAUGAAUGUAAGCUGGCGAAACGUUGUAACGUUAAUGGUUGUGAGAAGAAACACCAUUCCUUGCUGCACAGCGAAAAUGAUAAAUCUGAUAUCCCGAAUUGUUGUGGAUUUACUAAAUCCCUAAGUAGCCAAGUGUGUCUAGGAAUGAUCCCUGUACGGUUGAUGUUAGGAGAUGCUGAAAUGGUAGGUUAUGCUUUGUUGGAUAACGGGUCUGAUGUAACGUUGAUAAAAUCGAGCUGUUUGAGGUAUCUCGGGCUGAAGGAAGACCGAGCGUCAGUGGUAGUAGAGACUGUGGGUGGUAAUAGGACAAUGACGGUCACAAAGACCCCUUUUAAGGUAUAUUCUCUAGAUCGGUCAGGACAUGUUACGAUCGAAGGAGCUCUGAUUGUGGCAGGUAUACCAGGUCAUAAGCCAACAAGGUCGGCAGUGGACAACCUAGUUAAGUGGCCACAUUUAAGGGAUGUACCAAUAGAUAACUUCGACUCUGAAGAAGUUCUGCUGUUGAUUGGUUGCGACGUACCAGAAGCACACUGGGUGUUAGACCAGCGGUUGGGUGGAAGAAAAAGCCCGUACGCUGUGAAGACGUUGCUGGGUUGGACGGUCUUCGGACCUGCGUCGUAUCCAGAAUAUAGGAAAAGAGUGGUCAAUCAUACCAGUAAGAUACAGACCUUGAAGAACGAAAUACGUAAGCCUUAUGACGUAGAGUUUUCAGAUGCUUAUUCAAGUGAUAAGUCAUUAUCAGUAGAUGACAAGGUGGCUAUAAAGAUUGUGGAAGGUGGCACGCGCUUCGGCAACGGUCAUUUUGUAGUUUCUAUACCUUGGAAAAAGAAUCCAGAUAUGAAAGUGGAUAAUUAUGAAGUAGCAAACCGUAGAUUACGAAGUUUGAAGGGUAUGUUGUCCAAGGAUGUCAGUCUGCACACCAGAUAUAUCAAAAGUAUUAAAAGUGAUUUUACUAAGUCUUGUGCGGAGAGGGUCUUUGAAAUAUAUCUACAGUCUUAUUAUCGCCCUCGAUGGUAUUUACCUCAUCAUGCAGUAUUAAACAUGAAGAAACCAGAAGAACUUAGAGUGGUCCUUGAUUGUGCCGCCCAGUUUGCAGGGGGUUCCCCAAAUGAUAUGGUUUAUCAAGAUCUCGAUACCACCGCUGAGUUAAUGUGUAUAUUAUUAAGUUUUCGCAAGGAGGCAGUUGCAAUCCCUGCAGAUGUUGAAGAAAUGUUCAUGCAAGUGAAUGUCCCUGAGUCUGAUCGAGGAGCUUCAAGAUUUCUGUGGUGGGAGGAGGGGGACAUAUCGAGAGAACCGUCUAAGCUUCAAAUGACAUCCCAUCCAUUUGAUGCCACAUCCUCGCCAUUUUGCGCGAACCUUGCCCUGAAUAAGACGGCCCAAAUAUUCUCUAACGGUUAUGAUGGUUAUGUUGUAGAUGAUGUCAAGAAUAAUUUCUAUUUUGAUGAUUGCUUUAUAUCUAUUCCCACUUGUGAUCAAGCAAAGAGUUUCGUUAAGCAGAUAAGUGAAUUAUUAUGUAGAGGAAGUAUACAAAAAAUGACCGAUCUUGAGUCUUGGUUCAAAUGUCCUACUUUAUUGCAUGACGAAUUUUAUAUAACAAUCACUGACUGUCCGGAACCUACUCCUGACGAUAUUGAAUUUAGAAAACCUGCUGUGGUUAACUUGAGUAGUAUGAAGUACAACAUGACACCUAUUCUCUCUUAUUAUUCCGAGUGGUUGAAAUUAUUCAGAGCUGUAUCCUGGUUUAGAAGGUUCAUCGAAUUCCUGAUGGUACUUCGUUUACCGAGUUGUGAAGGAUCCGUUCAUCUAGGAUGUUUAAAGGUCAAAGAGCUUGAGAUUGCCAAGCGUAAGAUUUUAUUGAUGGUUCAGAGAGAAGUGUAUGGAGAAAUACUUAGUGAAUUUAAGAACAGCAGUGAAGUAGUAAGCCAUGAUGAUCUGAAAAGUUUAUCGUUGAUGAUGCUUGAUGGGUUACUCUGCGUUGGAGGUCGACUAAGAUACUCAGAUUUCCAAAAUGCUUUUAAACAUCCAGUAAUUUUACCCAGUCGACACUUAG